AUGAGAGCGACGUGGCUGGCGUGGUCAUUUCUCUCGCUUUUGGCCGUACCCGCCGUCGCCGUCCCAUUCGAGGAUACCCUUCCUCGAAGUGAUGCCAGCGAUUCCCAUCGUCUUGUCAAGCGAGAUGAGGUUCCGGAUGUCGGGUCGACAACUUUCAACGGCAUUGCAGUGCCGGCAUUGAGGGAACUUACACCGGAUGACUUUGACGAAACAAUCAAAAAUGGAUACUGGUUUGUCAAACACUACUCUCCAGCGUGCCCUCACUGCAAAAAGAUUGCUCCCGCGUGGCAGACACUCUACGAAUUCUACUAUACAUCCAACCCGUUGUCCUCGUCCUCUUCGAAACCCUCUGAACCGCAGUCUUUGAAUUCCUUCCAGAACUAUUACGAUUUCAAUUUCGCUUCGCUGAACUGUCUUGCCUUUGCGGAUCUGUGUAGAAGACUGGAUAUCCGGGAGUUCCCUCGCUUUUCAGUUUACCACAAUGGGGAAUUGGAGGCAGUCUAUACCGGAAAGAAGACGAUGCAGGGGCUCGGCGACUUUGUCGAGGAGACAUUGGAAUCCAUCAAACCCGGUUCUCGCCCUUUGGUUGGUCUCAAAUACCCUGAGCCUGGGGUAACAGAAUUUGAUUUAUCGAUCGAACCGGCGUUUCCUGGCGAUAAAGUUCCCCUGGCAACCCAGGCCGCCGUGGCCAAGGCUUCCGUUCAAACCCCCUCGCCAAAGGGAAAGGCUCUGCCUAAUCCUCAGGGCAUGUCGGUGCCUCUCACUGCCGAGAGCUUCCAGAGACUUGUUACGACUACUCGGGACCCCUGGUUCGUCAAGUUCUACGCUCCAUGGUGUGGUCAUUGUCAGGCUCUAGCGCCUACAUGGAGCCAGAUGGCGAAGGAGAUGAAGGGCGUUUUGAAUGUCGGUGAAGUGAAUUGCGAGGUCGAGACCAGGCUUUGCAAGGAUGCCCGCAUCCAAGGCUAUCCGACCAUGUACUUCUUCCGCGGUGGUGAAAGAGUGGAGUAUAAUGGUCUGCGUGGGCUCGGCGACCUGCUUAGCUAUGCUCAUAAGGCUGUCGACAUCGGAUCAGGCGUUCAAGAUGUUGAUGCGGCUACAUUCAAGGAGAUGGAGGAGAAAGAGGAGGUUCUUUUCCUCUACCUCUACGAUCAUGCGACCGUGUCUGAAGACUUCACUGCCCUUGAGCGCCUGACACUCAGCCUUGUCGGCCAUGCUAAGAUCGUCAAGUCAGACGACCCCGCUUUAGCGGAGCGCUUCAAGAUCUCCACGUGGCCGCGCCUUCUGGUUGUUCGAGAUGGUCGACCCAAUUAUUACAAUGCUUUGGCCCCCAAGGAUAUGAGGGAUUACCGCCAAGUUUUGAACUGGAUGCGAAGUGUGUGGCUCCCGAUUGUGCCUGAGGUGACUGCAUCGAACGCAAAGGAGAUCAUGGGAGGCAAGUAUGUCGUCCUUGGUGUUCUGAGCCGGAAGCGGUCGGACGACUUCAUCCAGGCCAAGAGGGAGUUGAAGAACGCUGCUCUGGAGUGGAUGGACAAGCAGACCCAGCUCUUCCAACUCGAACGACAAGAACUUCGUGAUUCCAAGCAGUUGCGGAUCGAGGAAGCCGAAGACCGCAACGAUCAGCGUGCUCUGCGUGCUGCUAAAGGCAUGCGGAUCACUAUCCGUGAGGACGACAAGAAGCAGGUUGCCUUUGCGUGGAUUGACGGUGACUUCUGGGAGCGCUGGCUUCGCACUACGUAUGGUAUCGAUGUGGAGCACGGAGAGCGCGUUAUUAUCAAUGAUGAGGAUAACCGACGUUACUGGGAUACUUCCUCCAGUGGGGCCUCGAUCAUGGCUUCUCGCACGUCUAUUCUUGAAACUAUCCCCUUGGUCAUCGCCGAUUCCCCUAAGCUGAGUCCCAAGUCUACGAUUGGAACCUUCGAAUCUGCGUUCUUCUUCACUCGGUCCUUCAUUUUCAACCAUCCCUUUAUCUUCAUGGUUCUUCUUUUCAUUUCCAUCGCUGCCGCCUCCAUGGCCGCCCGCGGAAAGCUUCUCAAGCGUGGAGCAUUUGGUCGAGGCGGCAUCCUCGGCAACAACGGCGGUGUGGGCUUUUUCCAUCUAGACGGCAAAGAGGGCCUUCUCAAUGGCGGCGCAACUGGAAAGGUUGAUUAG